CAUGCAUGCAGUGAUAGAGCUGUACAGUUGUGUCAAGCAGAACGAAACGUGAGCUUCAGGUUUUUUCACACCAGUGUGAAAAUAACCUUCGAAGGACCUUAGAAAAAUAUCUCUAUGUCGCCUCGAACAGCUUUGAAUUUAAAACACCGACUCCAUCACAUUGCGAAGGGAAAUACAAAGCACAGCGUCAGCGACCGUCGUCUCAUGGAAUGAGCAGACGACACUUGUAACAGAAUGAAAUUGAGCCCACCUAAGUUCUUUGCACCAGCUACCUCCCGCUUUUUUCAUGGUGGUCAUUUGCGAUCCCCAGCUACCCUUCAUGUCUCUCCGGAAUCGAAGAUUCGAAAGUGAUCGAUAAGAUGUUGCUAGACUCAUGCAUGCAUUGAUUGCCACAGCACUGUACAAGACACCUGAGUCUAGAAACUUUGAGAUGCGAGAAGUCUUUUGACAGGAACAGGACUCACGGAAUUGAGCCUCUAUGCGAUCAUUGGACCGUUCGAACAAGGGUGGAUUUCUACUGCUGGGACAAAUUUUAAUGCUUUUGUUGAUUUGAAGGUAGAAUAAUACGAUUCUUCACGUCACAGAACCAGCACAGAGGCUGCAAUCAGUACUACCAGGCCUACUGUCAUGCUGAGAUGAUUCUGAGAGUACAUAGGAGUAUAAGUGCUUGCAGCACCUUGUGACUGUUGGCCUGAUACCAGUUCUUCAGCGAUAAUGUUGAAUGGCUUGCUGUUGAGAUCCACUCCAAACGAUCUUCCUUCUGCAAAGCCGAUCAGAGACAAUCUCCACCACAAGAGCGAUCGGAUAACAUCUGCAGCGAAUACGGAUGAUGGUAUCAAUUAAAACUUAUUAGUAUCCUCUGCUCAUGAUACGGUCGAGAUCUGCGGACAUAUUUUGAAUACAGAGUAUGGAUAGAAAUCGAACUUCGAGGAACGGGCAAUUUGUAACCAGCAGUGAUCGAAAUGAAUAGGCGCUCGACCCAAGGGACUGCCCUGACUGAGAAAAAUCACGGAGUCUGCUAAAAUUGAGGCAGUUUCUUCGCUCGCCAGAGAAAAGUCGGUGCAGCUAUCCUGACAUUUCGCCUCUUGUUUAUGAGCAGAGUUAGAAGCCGCAUCAAUUACCGGGUACAACACCGCAGCAGAAAACAGCUCCUGUUUCUCUUUCCGCUAAUGUUUCCAUAUGUCUACCUCUAUAUCUUUAUUUUGUGCAUCCAGACUUGUGUUUACAGACUAGUUUGCUUCUUGACUAUGUCCUACGCGGUCGUCAUAUUUAUUUACUUCUUCCUAUGGUCGAAUGUAGACCCAUCAGACCUACCUAUAAGACGCAUUAUUUGUCAGUUUUCGCCAUUCUAAAGGUACUGUGCAUAGACUUUGACUAUCUUGUCAUCGACAUUCUUCAAUUAGUGAGCAUUCCUGUAAUCAGAAUUGGAGCUGACAGUUCUAUCCAGCAUCAGAAUUCUCUCAGUUGUAACCAGUCCUUCAAAAUUUGGGUGCAUUCUGCUCAAUUUCUCCAACAUUUUCGGAUAGCAACGCUUUCACGAAUUGGAACGAUAAACCGGGCAGAAUAGAUGGAGAAUUUAUCUUCGUCACUCCUGUUUUUAUGAUGCAGUUAUGCUGUUGAUUAUACCUUCAUUUGUAAUUAAUAUGAGUCAUUGUAGAGGAUCAAUGUGUGCACCAAUAACAAGCGUAACAAUGUUCCGCUACUAGUGACUGUUAGUUUUGUUGACCACACUUUCCUUUUCUACACGAAAAUGGUCAUAAAGCCGCACAGCAUUCAACGGAUUCCUAAACCAU